AUGCGGGUUUACAUGCUCGUGUUGGUCUGUGCAGACCUAGCCCUGACCUGUCCUUCCAUUAGCCAUGUGGAGGAGGAGGAGGAGAUGGAGAUGGAGACCACCCAGGUGGUCAGCGGACAGCUAUUCCAGUGGUACAUGAAUGUCUCUCUGGCCAAGGCGCCGGAGCAUGACCAGAACUGUGUCCAGGACCUCUGUCCAGACGGAUGUCCCGACGGCAAGAUGUACAGGGUCAGCGCGUGGCUUCGCGGCGGAGCGGAGUCAGCGGAGAAGAAAUACGUCUUCACGUUUGAGGAUGCCUAG